UUGAAAUACGCAUAUUGUUUUGUUUCCGUUUUUCCAUUUCCGUUUUAACUUUUAGUUUGAAAGAAAAGUCCGGCAAUCAGACUCUAAACUGCACCGUAUUCAUUGUGAUAAUUUAUUUGCUUAUUUUCUAUACUGCUAGUUUACUAUAUUCGAGCGGUGACUGUACGCUGUUUCUGCACGCCUUUUCUUGCUCGUGGCCAGAGACUGGGAUUGGAAUUCACAAUGUCCAAAAGUGUGACAGAGGAGCUGAUCGAGAUUGAGAUAGAUGGGCAGGGCAAACAGGAGUGUGUGGAGGAGGGGGUUGAAGUGCAGACAGUCACGUCUGCUGAGUUCAUCGCACAGGCCAUCGACAUCAAUGAGCCUAUCGGCAACCUGAAGAAGCUGCUGGAGCCCCGCCUUCAGUGCUCAUUGGAUGGACAUGCGAUCUGUCUACAGGAAAUCCAAUUGGACCCUGAGCUCAGCCUGUUUGAUCAGGGAGUGAAGACUGAUGGAACCGUGCAACUCAGCGUCCAGGUCGACUCCAGGCAAGGAGUGGAGCCCAGGCUGAACAUCGUGGAGAUUGUGAAGCCGGUGGAGACGGUGGAGGUGGUGAUCGACCCCGACGCGGCGGGCGGAGAGGAGGGGCAGGUGAUCGCCCUGGACCGAUCCGCCGUCACAGACGACGCCUCAGAUCAGGUCACCCGCUGGGCUGCCGCUCUGGAGGGCUACCGCAAGGAGCAGGCCCGGCUGGGCAUCCCCUACGACCCAGUGCAGUGGACUGCAGACCAGGUGAUGCACUGGGCGGUGUGGGUGAUGAAGGAGUUCAGCAUGGAGGAAGUGGAGGUGGGCGGGGUCCACAUGUCUGGGCAGGACCUCUGUGCUCUCAGCCAGGAGGACUUCCUGCUCAGAGUCCCUCAGGGAGAGAUACUGUGGAGCCACCUGGAGCUGCUGCGCAAGUAUGUGCAGGCCAGUCAAGACCAAUCCGGCCAGGUCGCCACAGUGACCAUCGACCAGCCGGUUCAGAUAAUCCCCGCCUCCGUGCAGCAGACUCCUCCCCCUGUUAUUAAGGUCCUGCCCACCAAGCAGGGAAGAACGCAGAAAACUCCGCGCAUAUCCGGGGGGGAGGACCGCAGCUCACCUGGCAACCGCACAGGCAACAACGGGCAGAUCCAGCUGUGGCAGUUCCUGCUGGAGCUGCUGACGGACAGAGACGCGCGUGACUGCAUUUCCUGGGUGGGAGACGAGGGAGAGUUCAAACUCAACCUGCCUGAGCUGGUGGCUCACAAGUGGGGCCAGCGCAAGAACAAGCCCACCAUGAACUAUGAGAAGCUGAGCCGCGCCCUCAGGUAUUACUAUGACGGGGACAUGAUCUGCAAGGUUCAGGGGAAGCGAUUUGUGUAUAAGUUCGUGUGUGAUCUGAAGACGCUGAUUGGCUACAGCGCAGCCGAGCUGAAUCACCUCGUGACGGAGUGCGAGCAGAAGAAGCUGGCGAGAAUGCAGGCGCACAGCCUGGGACAGCCUGUCACCACGGUAACACUCGCCACUGCUGCCCUCCACAAGGAGAGCUGAGGAGGGAGCCCCACACCCUGUCAGUAAGAGGACGCUGGUCUGCAGUUGGCAACAGAGCAACCCGUGUGACACACCUCUGGACGAGGAGCACCAAAUGUGUGUUGUGUGAAGUUUUCAUUAAGGAAGGGUAUGGACAAACUGUGUGUGUGUGUGUGUGUGUGUGUGUGUGUGUGCGCGCGUGUGAUGGUGGAUUCCUUUUAUGUCCAGAGUGAAUGUAUCAUGUACUUGGUGCUUUGUGCUGGGUACCAGGUCAUGUGUUUCCAUUAUGUAUAUACUCCAUGUUUUUGAUAACCACAAGGGCAGUGUGCCCACUUUGUAGCAGUUCUUUCUUUUGAUUAUUU